AUGCCUUUUCAAGGGGAUGCUGGUGUGAAUAUUCAGCAAGUGUUGGGAGAUAAGUCCAGAAUAGAUUGUGAUAAUGCAAAUGUGAGCUUGGUAGUAGAUCAACUUUUUCUUAAUUCUCAGCAAGAGCUGGAAUUGCAGAGUGAUGUUGUGGAGUUGUGUCAAGAUGCUCAGGGACAAAUGGUGGAUACAAAUACUGAUGGUGCUAUUAUGGAAAAGAAUGCAGUGGAAAAUAUUGCAGAGGCUCAGGAGCAAUUGAGUGUUCCAAAUGCUGCUGGAAAUAGUUUGGAGGUAUUCUCUUUCUCUUCUCUUGUUAUUUUAGUUAAUAAUGUUGCUAGAAAAGAUGGAUUGAAUGUUGUGGUGAUGGAGGAGAAUGAGGGUGUUAUAAUGA